CUAGCGUCUCAUUUUAUUCUUGCCUUCCAUAUCCAUCACAACCCAAACCACACCAGUUGUGUACUUUCGACUGUACGCCUUCUGAGAGAGGUUGCAUUCUCAUGUUGAACAUAAAAAAAUAUGUUGUACACUCAAAGAAAAAGAACACGUCUUUUAAAAUUAGUACAGACACGGUAAAUGGCAAUGUUCAGCAAGUUGUUUCGGCAAAUUCUCAAUAUGUGAUAAAACGAAUUGUUAUGCCAGAGAAACCGUUUUCGUCAAAACAAUCCGAAGUGCACUGCUGUUUUGAUGAGUUGACACAACACUUUCUGGCCUUAAACGAAAAAGAAAAGGAACUGACAGUUAUUCAUUUCAAGCAACCGAGUUUCCCUCAAUUUACUGUGUCUCUCCAAUCAGUUUGUCCUUCCCCGGAAGAAACUCGUGCCCCAUUAGUGCAAUUGGUCCGGCCCGAAUCCUCAUCAAGUAGUUCAGGUUGUGUAUUGGUUUGGCCAAAAACAGGGCAUGUUCAAUAUUGGCAGAAUAUUGAACAUUUAAAAAAUUCCUCAUCCACCCUCGAAUGUUCACGUGUUCUGCAUUACAAAUUGGAUUUAAAGAAAGAUGAAAUAAUAACCACAUUAGUCAAUGCAGAACCAGCUUGCUUCAUCAUUUCUUUGGAUUCUGGGCGUCAAUUUCAACUUUUUCUCCGAGAUGCUGUCGGCCAUCCAAGUGUUUGUCACCGUGCACUUACAGCAGAUACGAAUCUGUUUUCCCUGAAAACAUGGACAACUCUUCUUGGUGUUCAAAGUUCACCAAAGUAUUCCAUCAUAAAAGCGGGUGCCGUUAAGGGCGUGAAUGAACGAUUCGUGUAUACGCUUUCUUCGAAUUGUAAUUUACAAGUUUGGGAAGUUUCGUGCGCCUUUACGAGCCGCUUGCUAAUUCAAAAUGACAUGCAAAAGAUACUGCAAACAGCUUUUGCAGGUCGUAGUAUUCAGUGUGCUACUUUUACGUGUCACGAUGUGGCUGUCUGUUUGAAAGACCCUUACAUAUUUUCAAUCAUCGUUAGUUGGUUGAAUGUAGAUACCCAACGGUUGUACGCUAUCGUUUCCUGUCGUUUGACCGAGUCAUUUGCAUUGUCGGUUCAAGGCAUAUAUCCCAUUUGUUUACCUAAUCAAAGCGUCUUCUCAAGACCGAGGCUCUUCGGUAAUCUCACAAGAGGUGAUUACUAUUGUUCGUUUGACAAUUAUGUGAUAAAUCUAAUUUCGGUGAAGGGCGAAGAGAAAAUAUGCGAAGAGUCGAUACUUAUUAAUCACAGUGCAGAAACGCGCUUAGUGUAUGUGGAUUGCGUAAACGGUCUCGUUUCAAAUGCCGAGUCUCCUAGCUUAAUUCUUGUCACAAAUCACAAUGGAAUUUUUAAGAUUCUGUCAAAAGAGAAUGCAGUUUUCCCAAAAUUUCAGUACAUCGCUUCGGUUUUCCAGCAAUUGUUAUUUCAAACAGCGGCUGCGAAGAAGCAAUUUACCUUUUCGUUAAAGCCUGUUCUGGAACUAUUUUCAGAACAGGAUAUAUUUGAAGCUCUUUGGAAGCUUUUGCGACAAGGCUUUAGCGUGCAUGAGGGUAUUUCGAGUGAAGAAGAAAGUUUUCUGCAUUCAGAUGAUCUAUCAAAAAAAUCAGAACAUCAGCGAGACAUGUUUUCUUCAAUCCUCGAGUACAUUCAAAAACAUAUCACAUUGACUCCAGAGCAUACAGUUGUACUACUUUCAUUAUACUUAAAAUUUGAUCUAUAUGUCGAGCUACUGAAAAUCUCUCAUAAAAAACGAGAAAGGUCAGUAUUUUUCAAGGAAUUCGAGAAAAAACUUACUUCGGUAUUCGUUUCCAGUUCUCAGAGUAAUGAUUUAAGUUACGCUAAACUUCUUAAUCAGUUGAGCUAUGAUCUAAAAGAAAAGAAAGAUGAUGAUAUUAUAUCAAAAGUACAAUCGGCUCUGGAUGCGAAUCUUGUUUAUUUAACCAUUUUACGAAAGAUAAAUGUGUUGGCCAAGGAUAAUUUUGAUGCAUUAAAAAACACUAAUAUGGAUUCUUUGAAAGAGCUAUGGAUAGUCGAAAAACAGUUCGUUUCUUUAAUUCUUGAGCAUAUCCAAUAUCUUGGCAAACUUUGUGUUAAAGUCACAUACGAGUCAUCCGAUGAAUUAAUUCGGAAGCAAAUGAACUGUAACUUGGAAGAUAUUGUCAUUGUUUUUAACGAGCUGUAUGUCGAAAUAUUGGCAGAGAAACUUCAGCUUCGCGUGUUUGAUGUUGAACAGAACAGGGACAAUUGGAUUUCGUAUUUUGCUGACCUAAAGUCUUAUGAAACUGCGUUUACGCUUCUUCAAGACACGGACAAUAUAGCGUCUAUCGUUGCAUUACUAAUGCAUACAAAUCUUCCAGCGGACAUAUUUAAAAGGCAAUCACAACAUUACAUUGACAAAUACGGCGAAGCUUUUGCAUUCCCCUUUUUUGAAAGUCUUGUUGAGAACCAUAAAGUCUCAACACUUCUUGAAGAUUACCCAAAUCAUACCAAUCUUAUUAGAAAAUAUCUUACCGAAAAACGUUCACUCGAGCUUCUUUGGGUCUUUGAGGCAAUGCAAGAGAACUUUCAGAAUGCCUCCAAGCUUUUACAAACAUCUACCUCACAACAACCUGAUUUAUCCGUAAAAAACAUUGAGCUUGGUUUGGCAAAAUUGUUUUUGCUUGCUGAUGAGCAUACAGAAGGUAAUGAAAUACGUUAGAUGAUACUUAAUGAUUUUCAUGAACGUGUAUGCUUUACCUUGUUACAGUUUAUUAUCCUGUCUAAAAUAUUUCUACUGCCACAAAUACUAUUUACUAUAAAUCAACAUUGGAUAGCUUUUCUAAACUUUUCAGAAGGGACUGUAGCUUUCUUUGUAUGUACUUUGACUACAAUUAAGAAAUGCACAUUUUGCUGUAUAGAGCCAAUGGCUGUAUAUGGUUCUGUUUGCGCGAGGACAAAUUCUUGUCGACUAUAUUUCUAGGUCUAGUUCACUACAAUAAAUCUUGAUCCUUUCAGCAUACGAAUGACUCUUUAAAAAUCUUAAUGUAAAAUGAUCCCGAAAAGAGCACUGCUGAUUA